AAAGUCAUGAGGCAUCUUCUGCUGAUGGUUUCAGCGUUUGCUGUGCUUGCCACAUCCGUAUCACUGGACACUGCCGAAGAGAGCUGCUCAGGGAGUUGUCCCGAGGAAACUCUUUAUGACUGCAGACAGAAUAUGGCCACCAGGAAGUACUACAAAUUCAGCCAUCCAUGUCGUUCAUGGCAGUGCGGGUGCAAAACUGGGACACAUUUCAACUCGGUGGAUCUUCAUCACUGCAACGGUCUUUCGGUAGACUACUGUCCAUCUGAAGAGGUCCUGCUCCAGGGAAACUCCAAGAACGGCAGUGAAAGCGCAGAAGCUCGUCUCCUACACACGCAAUGAUCUUGCAGUGCAUUACUUAUUUAUAUCAGUUCAUGCACUACUUUCAAGUGGCUCUACACGACAUAGCGCACAAAAUUUCUGAGAGUAAUUACUCAGUUAAAAUGUUACCAAAAAAGUGAAACUCUCGUUAUAUGAAAUGGAAACCAACCUCCAUGUUACGCACAUCUUUCCAAUUACAUUUUUAAAUAUUUAGGAGUAUAUCUACAUUUCAAAAACUUUGUAAUUAACACCGUAUGUUGUUGAGAUGUUGUCGGUGAUCAGUCUAGUACUACAGAGCUUGCCAAAAACGUUGGGAUUUAUUCUCUACAAACACAGGAGGUGCAUGUGAUACGUUUGACUAUACUACAACUAAAACUUCGGAUGAAUAAUUUCAUACAAUUUCUCUCUGAAUAUAUGUCAUGCAACGUAUACUGUUUACGGGUGUA